AUGGAUCUCCUCCUGCAACAAGCUCUUCCCAUCUUCUUCUUAUUGCUAACCAUCAUAAUUUUCUCACGUAAAAUACGGGCAGGGGAUGGAAAAACCGGCCACCGCCAGCUGGCGCCGGCUCCGGGAUGGAAGCUCCCCGUGAUAGGCCACCUCCACCAUUUCCUCACCUCCCGCCAGCUCCCGCACCGGCUGCUGCGGGAGCUGGCGCGAAAGCACGGCGACAUGAUCCGACUGGACCUCGGGGAGAUUCAGCACGUGCUGGUAUCGUCGGCGGAGGCCGCCAAGGAAGUGAUGAGGACCCACGACAUCAAGUUCGCCCAGCGGCCCUCGCACCCUAGCCUGGAUAAAGUCAUGUACGGCGGGAUCGACCUCAUCCACGCUCCCUACGGCGACUACUGGCGCCAGCUCCGACGCAUCGCCACGCUCGAGCUCCUCACCGCCAAGCGUGUCGACUCCCUGCGUCGGGUCAGGGAGGCCGAGGUGCGACGUCUCGUCACGCGGAUUACUGAACGUCAAGUCGCGGCCGCUGCUGCUGGCUCCACGAUCGACCUGACGAAGAUGCUGUUCAACCUGACGUACCGGAUAAUAUCGAUGUCGACGUUUGGGGACGUGUCGAAGGAGCCCGAGGAGUUCAUGAAGGUGGCGGAGGAGCUGGUGGAGUACGCCGGAGGGUUCAAGAUAUCCUUCUUGUUCCCUUCGUGCGGAUUGGUGCAGAGGCUGUUUGGCACGACGGAGUGGCUCGACGGCGUGCAUAAGGUCACCGACAGGUUGAUGGAGAGCAUGAUUGGGCAGCACAGAUCCAAGAGAGCGUUGGAGAAGCAGAAGGGAACGACGUCGGAGGAGGAGGAGGAUCUUCUCGACGUGCUUUUGAGAGUUCAGGAGGAUGACUGCACGCUUGGUUUUCACUUGUCCACCGAUGCCAUCAAGGCUUUCCUUCUGGACAUUUUCCUAGCAGGAAGCGAGACUCCUGCCACGCUGAUCGAAUGGACGAUGGCGGAAAUGAUAAGGAAUCCGGAAGUGAUGCACAAGGCACAAUCCGAGGUGAGAAAGGUGUUCGGUGAGAGAGGGAAGGUGGAAGAAUCCAAGAUUCACGAGCUGACCUAUUUGAAACUGGUGAUCAAGGAGACGCUGAGGCUGCACACCCCGACUCCGUUGGUCCUUCCCAGGGAGUGCAGGGAGGAGUGUCGGAUCUUCGGGUACGACAUCCCUCUGAAGACGAGGGUGCUGGUGAACGUGUGGGCCAUAUCGAGGGACCCUCGUUACUGGGGUGUGGAGGCCGAGAAGUUCCUCCCCGAGAGGUUUCUCGAUGAGAAAAGGUUCCACGAUAGCAAACUAAGCUUCAGGGGAACCGACUUUGAGUUCCUACCCUUCGGAGCGGGGAGGAGGAUGUGCCCUGGGAUGACUUUCGGGCUGGCAACGGUGGAACUCCCUCUGGCAAGCCUACUGUUCCAUUUUGACUGGAAACUUCCCCCUGGGGUUGAGCCGUCGAGCUUCAACAUGGAUGAACAGUUCGGCGUCACCCUGAGGAGGAAAAACCAUCUGGAGCUCAUCCCUGUGGUCCGCUUAGCUAUAACCCUUUGCCCUCGGUUUAAUUAUCUAGUGUGUUCCUUGAUCUCCUCGUCCUUCGCAACAGGUUGA